AUGGGCAUGAACCAGUUUGUCCCAGUAUGUAAAUACGGCAGCACAGAUAAUGAGUGUAUAUAUGAAAGCUUCCCAGAGAUUCCUUUGGAAGAAUCAACUGAAAAUGAUGAAGACCCUAGCAGUUUGUCAUUCACUAUCCACGAACAAUCUUCUCCAGCAACAUCAAAUGAAGCCUUCACACCAAAGGAUGGGUCUCCUUACAAAGCACCAAUAUAUAUUCCUGAUGACAUCCCAAUUCCGUCAGAGUUUGAGCUUCGAGAAUCAAAUAUUCCUGGAGCCGGAUUAGGAAUAUGGACCAAAAGGAAGAUUGAAGUAGGUGAAAGAUUUGGACCAUAUAUAGGAGAAAACUGCCCAAGUCUUAAAGAUCCCAGCAAUGGAUGGGAGAUAAUAGCCACGAUCCCAUUGUCUAUUUCCCCUAGUGUUAGAACUAUCAGCAUAACUUUCAGCAGUGAAUUGUUGCAAGUUAAGAAGUCACCAUAG